AUUUUUCUCUCUGUCCAUUUCGCUUAGCAGCGUUAGACUUCGGUUCAUAGGCUUAUGGCCUGGCGUGCUAUAAAUUUCGGCGCCCAUGGCGAUGUGAGUGACUCUUGUGCGUGGCGGUCGGCAGGAUGAGACAUGGUUACGAAUUGCAGUUGAAUUAAACUUCGUGCAGGGGAUGCAAGCCACGAUCCUGCACGCCGUUUUGGCGAUAAUUCUGCAUGUCUUCCAUGUGAUCGAAUGUUCAAACGUCAAGAUUAAUUUUCGAGAAAAGGAAAAAGAAAUUCUGGAUCAAAUUUUGGGCCCAGGACGAUACGAUGCGAGAAUACGGCCGUCUGGUGUAAACGGUACAGGAGACGCCCCGACCAUAGUUAACAUCAACUUCUUUCUUCGAUCUAUCAGCAAAAUAGACGAUUAUAAAAUGGAAUACAGCGUGCAGCUAACGUUCCGGGAACAAUGGCUCGACGAACGGCUCAAAUUUGGAGAUUUUGGUGGAAGGCUCAAAUAUCUUACCCUUACCGAAGCGAACCGGGUCUGGAUGCCCGAUCUCUUCUUUUCUAACGAAAAAGAGGGUCAUUUUCACAAUAUUAUCAUGCCUAACGUCUACAUAAGAAUUUUUCCGUACGGAUCUGUUUUGUACAGCAUUCGGAUAUCCUUGACGCUCUCCUGCCCUAUGAAUCUAAAACUGUAUCCUUUAGAUCGACAAAUAUGUUCCUUAAGAAUGGCUAGUUAUGGUUGGACUACGGACGAUUUGGUUUUUCUUUGGAAAGAGGGCGAUCCGGUGCAGGUUGUAAAAAAUUUACACCUACCUAGAUUUACUUUAGAAAAGUUUCUAACAGACUACUGCAAUAGUAGAACGAACACAGGAGAGUACAGCUGUCUUAAAGUAGAUCUCUUGUUCAAAAGAGAAUUCAGUUACUAUCUCAUCCAAAUCUACAUCCCUUGCUGCAUGCUUGUAAUUGUAUCGUGGGUAUCGUUUUGGUUAGAUCAGGGUGCCGUUCCAGCUCGCGUGUCUCUAGGUGUGACAACUUUACUCACAAUGGCUACUCAAACAUCGGGCAUCAAUGCCUCUUUACCACCCGUAUCAUAUACGAAAGCAAUAGAUGUUUGGACUGGGGUUUGUUUAACGUUUGUUUUUGGAGCACUGCUUGAAUUUGCUCUAGUGAAUUACGCCUCGAGGUCCGAUAUGCACAGGGAAAAUAUGAAGAAGCAGCGAAGGCAAUGCGAACUAGAACAUGCCGCUUCAAUGGAUGCUACAAGUGACCUCAUUGAUACCGAAAGUAAUGCUACAUUUGCCAUGAAACCACUUGUCCGUCACCCAGGUGACCCAAUGAGUUUAGAAAAAGUUCGACAAUGCGAAAUUCAUAUGCAACAAGCUCGACCAAACUGCUGCCGAUCAUGGUUAUCCAAGUUCCCAACUAGAUCUAAAAGGAUCGAUGUAAUAUCUAGGAUAACUUUUCCAUUAGUUUUUGCACUAUUCAAUGUUAUUUAUUGGUCGACCUAUCUGUUUCGGGAAGAAGCCGAAGAAUCAUAAAUUCCUUUUUCCUCACUUUACUUGUUGUUCAAACAAUACCUUAUUUUAAACUAAACAAAAUCAUUUAAUUAUCUGUCAUGUGGAGACCGCUCUUCUUCAACCCACUGUUAUCAAUUUAGCAUGGCAUUAUACACAAAAUGUCGAAGUUCGUGUUUACCUACAAACUCUUUGAGGGAGACCUCAUCACAAUUUGUUUUCUCUAAGUGUUAUGGGAUUUUUUUGCUCAGUUCUCAGCUAAAUCUUGAAUAAUAUUUAUGAAGGGCAUUGAAAAAUAUACGAACGCUUCCUUUAAAAAUAUUACUCAAGUUUACUCACUGUAAUCUAUACGCCACAAAAUGAAAUGUAUACGUAUGAAGUACUUACAUGUAACAUCUAAUUAAAAAUUGUCGGAAUAUCAACCAAUGCUUCAUAAAAAAAAAGAAAUUAAAAAAAAAAAUAAUAAAACGUAAAUAGCAGCAAAAUAAAUAAUAACUGUUAAGUGUUUUGUUGUUUCCCUAUUUCAAGAGCUGUCUAUAUGUAUAUGGAACUGAGUUGUUUGAAUUCCGAUAAUUGAAUCGUCCCCUUCAUGUAUGUAAUUGUUCCCCAGAAAUAAGUUCAAAAAUGAAAAGAGAUGAAGAGUAUUGGUCUAAACACUAAGUAAUUAAUUUGACUGCAAAAAGAGUGAGUUGUACCAUUUAUGAGCCACUAGGUUAUCACUAGUGUUUCGAAGUAUUUUUGGUAACUGUCUAAAUGAUGGCACUCACAGCUGGAGGGGGCGCUAAUGGCUAGAGGGUGUUUUAAAUUAAAAAAAUGUUUUUCGUUGAAGAGGGAGGCGCAAGGGUGGGGACAAUGCUCGAUAUUUUACUCUCCAUACAUUCAUCAUUACAACUUUUUACUGUUGUACUUCCUCCGAUCAUGGGUCCCAUCAUCUGUAAUUGUCUAAAUGAUGGUACGCACAGUUGGAGGAGGGUAAAUAGCUGGAGGGUGUUUGACAUUAAAAAAUGUUUUUCGUUGAGGAGGUAGUCGCAAGAAUGCUUGAUUGUUCCCCUCCAUACGUCCACCAUAAAAAACUUUUUGAGUGUCGUAAUGACCAUCCCCACUCUCUCCGACCAUGGGUUUCAUCAUCUAUACAAUUACCGUAUUUUUUUGUACCGACAUAUUAUAACAUCAUAUACUAAUUAUAUGCGUAGUGCACAACAUUGUUCCAUACAGGGUGGUAUCGUAUUUGUUUAUUUAUAUUUGCGAUAUUGGUGUAGAAAUAUUGCAUUUAAUAUUAUAAGUAUAUCCAGUUGUUGAAUCGUGCAUGAGAUAUUAACCACUUUAUUAGGAGAGAUAUAUUGAUGAGCGUUUGCUUUUUUGAAAUCGAUUUAUUUGUGCUUGAAAUAAUUAAUGAUUAAAUUUUUGGGAAGUUUAAGUGAAAAAGUGGUAAAUGUCUUUACGAGGCAACUGAUGUUCCUCUAUCGUUGAUUCGAAAUAGUUUAUUAAAGUUACGUUGAGCUACAAAAGGUUGUGCUGUUGUAUGUUAAGUAGAGAUAACAAUUUAAAAAAAAAAUAAUAGGUUUUUAAUUUUUUCCUUCGCAGUCGUCCUUAAUAAUGUUUGCGAAUAAUAAGAGCGACUAUUCCAUUAGGUUGAUAAAUAUAAUAUCGGCAUUUUAUAUUAAGUUAUUUAAGCUAAAAUGUACAUAUUAGGAAAGUAAGAAAAUGAAUGCUUCAAAUCUACUCGAUAGUUUCUAAUUUUGUGUUCAACACAUUAUACAAACUAUUUUUUUUGUCAGUCACUGUGACCAACUGUAAAUAUGCGUUUGUUAAUUUCGUUUGUUUAUUAUGAAAAUGAAUUAUUUGCUCAUUUUAGCAUACCUAGGACAAGCACAAAGAGUUACCGGAAAAAAACUCUUCAUGUACAUAAUUAAUUGCUUUAUAAAACUGUACUACACGACUGUAAUUUUUAAUGUAUAAGGAUAAUAUAGAAGAUCUACCAAAGGAA